AUGGCGGAGAAUCAUGAAGAUUCAGUCAUGGAGUCGCCGGCUUCCGUUGACUGCGCUAUCAAACAAGUCGACUUGACAGUGCCCAAAGCGAUGAUCCCAACAUGCCGGACUGAACCAUUAACGAUUAGCUCAAUAUCAGCUCAGAUUGCUGUCGUGCCACUGGGGCACUUAAUGGCGAGAACCCUUAUGAAUCGCGUUUUCUUGAAGGGUUCUUGGAGGGAAUUUUCCAUGAAUCCGGGGCCGUUUAAUAUCAAAGAGCAUGUUUUGAUUACCAUCUUUGCAAAUGCCGGUGCCGGAACUGUUUAUGCCACUCAUAUAUUAAGUGCUGUCAAGCUUUACUACAAGAGGAGACUCACGUUUAUCCCUGCCUUUCUUGUUAUGCUUACCACACAGGUGUUAGGCUUCGGUUGGGAAGGGCUCUUCCGGAAAUAUCUGGUUGAGCCAGGAGAGAUGUGGUGGCCGAGAUUACAAGGACUUGGAAUUGGCUCCUUAGGAUUUGACUGGUCUACAAUUUCAUCAUACCUUGGGAGUCCUCUAGCCAGCCCAUGGUUUGCCACUGCAAAUGUUGCCAUUGGAUUCUUCCUUGUAUUGUAUGUGAUGACACCACUCAGUUACUGGUUUAACGUCUACAAUAGCAAGAACUUCCCAAUAUUUUCCGAAGAUCUUUUCAUGGUAGAUGGUUCAAAGUACAACACUUCAAGCAUCAUCAAUUCCAAUUUCCAUCUUGAUAAGGCUGCUUAUGCAAAAUCUGGGCAUCUAUAUUUGUGCACCUUCUUUGCUAUGACAUAUGGCAUUGGAUUUGCUACACUUUCUGCAACUCUAGUCCAUGUCCUACUCUUUAAUGGAAGUGAUUUGUGGAAGCAAACCAGAAGGGUCUUUGGAGCGACCAUUAUGUUUGCUUGUGAGUAUUACAAUGACAUACUUCAAUUGCCUUGGUGGGGUGUCUUGCUAGCUUGUGGCAUUGCCCUGUUUUUCACCCUUCCAGUCGGUAUCAUCGCUGCCACAACAAACCAGUCACCAGGUCUAAAUAUCAUCACAGAGUAUAUAAUUGGGUACAUGUACCCCGGGCGCCCGGUUGCUAACAUGUGCUUUAAGGUGUAUGGAUACAUCAGCAUGAUUCAAGCUCUAACAUUUUUGUCAGACUUCAAGCUUGGUCACUACAUGAAGAUUCCGCCCAGAGCAAUGUUCAUGGCUCAGGUGGUGGGGACAGUUAUAUCAGUAAUAGUCUACAAGAUAACUGCUUGGUGGAUGAUGGGUGCCACCCCCAACCUUUGUGAUACCUCCUGUCCGAUGGACCAUGUGUUUUAUGACGCCUCUGUUAUUUGGGGGCUGGUUGGGCCUCGCAGAAUCUUUGGAGCCCUCGAUGUCUACUCCAAUGUGAACUGGUUCUUUCUCGGUGGAGCCAUUGCCCCUCUCCUAGUCUGGUUGGCACACAAAACAUUUCCACAGAAGCAAUGGAUACGCCUCAUCCAUAUGCCAGUCUUGUUAGGUGCUACAGCAAUGAUGCCUCCCGCUUCUGCUGUGAACUACACCAGUUGGAUUAUUGUGGCGUUCCUGUCAGGCUAUGUUGUUUUCAGGCACCGACCAACAUGGUUGGAGCGCUACAACUAUGUCCUUUCGGGUGGUCUUGAUGCUGGAACUGCCUUCAUGACUGUGCUAAUGUUCAUUGCCCUGCAAUCAAGGAACAUCCAGCUUAAUUGGCGGGGAAACGAUGUAGAAGGGUGUCCCCUGGCUUCUUGUCCAACUGCCAAAGGGAUUUCAGCUGAUGGCGGUCCAGCUUUUAGCUAG